AUCUAGCUUCUUCGUUCCCAUCAGUUGUCCAUUCUUGUGGCAGCUUUCCUCAGCAGAUAAUUUCAACCAUGGCCAAGUGGACCCUCGUAAUUUUGUGUAUCGUGGCCUUGAUGAGUGGAAUCCAGGGCCUGCGACAUCAGCACUCUGUCAAAAUGAGAAGCAAGCGAAGCUCGAUAUUUGACUUAGUGGAUCCGUUCAGUUCGCCUCAGCAUGGCCGAUAUUUUUUCCAUCGAGGACUCAUAGACUCGGCUGUGUCACAAUAUAUCGACCAGUGGAACAUCGUCCAUACGGAUUUUUCGAAAAUCUACCGAGGUCUUCGUCCUUUCUCCGAGUUCCAAAUUGGGAAAGCUCUACUCAAAUCCGAGAAGCAGAGCGGUGGAUAAACCAGGUCAGGACCAAAAACUUCGUCCAGAGGAGCUCCUAUUCGCUAAUGUUUAUUUUGGAUAGAAUUAGAUUUGAAACUAGACAAAAAUAAAUUCCUCAUCUUGGUCAUUAUAAUU